AUGUCUCCAGACCCAGACAAUAUUCCUCUUGAUGUCGCUUGCAUUCCCGGAGCUACAGAUGCCAUUGUCAAGGCACACAUCGAGGCCACUUAUCCAAAACGGCGCACGUCAAACACAAAUCUGCUCAAGGCUCAGCACGCACGUCUGAACAGUGGCAGCUCGGGUCUGGGGAGUGGGUCCACUCCGGCUGGACAAGCACUCGUUCAGCAGAUGCAACAAACUCGACUGAAGGAGUUCAUGGUGACGUUCACAGCCACGUUUGCAUUGUCGCAACAGAAGAAGAAUGGAACGAGUACAUUCACUGUGGUUCCGGAGGUCUCAUUCAAUCACUCUGUAGACGACAACGACGCAAUUGAGACCACCCUCGAUGCUUGUGUACUCAAGGCUCACAACUACCACAAGAAAUCGUUCCAAUCCAAGGGCGCAAGGCCAAUCUAUAAAAACGACGUCACCUUUUACAUCCUGCCCUCGGGAGCCUUGACAAAACCAGUUCGACUCUCUUUUGAGUUUUCUGUGGGGAAGACAGCGAAACAAGUCCUCCUUGGGCUGUACAGCGACCGGACAAUUGCCGAUAGCCAGCUCAACAAUAAGACUAUCAAUUUGCGCCUCAUUGUUGAUCACGGGGCCAUCUAUGGCGACUACGAUGGCACCAGCGGUGGACCUUCCAGUGCUCCGUGUCGCAUAAGUAGUGUCCGAGGAAGCAGCACCCGGUUGCGUAGUGCAUCUGCUAAUUGGGACAUUGAACGCCGAAACGGCGUGCUCAUCCGGAAAAGCGCUUACAUCCCUCGCAAUGCUCUGGCCCGGCCUACGUCCCCAAUUUGCCAGCGUCCCCAAGCCAAGCUGGCGGCGUACAAAUUCCAGUGGUACUUGACCACUGGUACUGGCCAAGACAUGGCUUUCAAGCUUGAUUCAAAGGCAGAACUGAUGCGCGUGGCGGACGACUGGGUGGAGGGGAAGGACUACAUCGGCCGUGGCUACACCAAGAUGGUGGGGCGCUUGCUGGCUGGUGGCAAAGAAUACGCAAUUGCUCAAGCUUCGGAUCUGCAACACCCCGAGUACGAUCAUCUCAGCAUCCUUCAAGACGAGUUGCGUAUGCUCUCUAUUGGUGACACACUGAUGUCAGCGUUCAUCUCUUUCAUAUGCGAUGAAGCUGCCGAGGUUCCAUCCUGGAUUACAAACCAUCUCAGUGCGACUAAGUACAAGUUCAAUAUCAAAGACGCCUUUGUUGGCAAGUUCAUUAGUGAUGGCAGUAUAGAGGAGGAUUUCAUCUCCGAGCGCCUUCCGCAUGCCCAUUUCCUAGCAACGCUGUAA